GCUGUCUAGCAGAAAGCACGUUGUUGAAUUAUUUUUGGAGUGCCGAAGCAUAGCGCGUUACAAUCUGGCGAAAGGUUGUGAAUUACAAGUGUAAAACAAUUUCAACGUAUCGGUGAGGGAUUGAAAGUAUAGCAUCAUGUUUAUACUUUACGAAACACCGGCAGGUUAUGCCAUAUUUAAGCUGCUGGACGACAACAAAUUUAAAGAGAUCGAUAACCUGUAUCUUGAGUUUGAAACUCCGGAAAAGGCGAGCAAGAUCGUAAAGUUGAAGCAUUUUGAAAAGUUUGCUGAUACAACCGAGGCCCUUUCGGCCGCUACUGCUGCUGUCGAGGGCAAGCUGUCGAAAUCGUUGAAAAAGGCACUGAAGAAGCUGGUGGACGAUGAUGUACAAAAUCAGCUGCUCGUGGCCGACGCCAAACUUGGUAACGCGAUCAAGGAAAAGCUACCGUUACAGUGUGUUGCGAAUACGUCGGUAAUGGAGCUGAUGCGCUGCAUUCGCACGCAAUCGGAAAGCUUGCUGUCCGGGUUGCCGAAGAAGGAGAUGACGGCGAUGUCGCUUGGACUGGCCCAUUCGCUUUCCCGCUACAAGCUUAAGUUCUCCCCGGACAAGAUCGAUACGAUGAUCGUACAGGCACAGAGUUUGUUAGACGAUCUCGAUAAGGAGCUGAACAACUAUAUGAUGCGGGUACGGGAAUGGUACGGUUGGCAUUUCCCUGAGCUGGGAAAGAUUCUGACCGACAACGUAGCUUACGUGAAGGUCAUCAAAUUGGUCGGCAUGAGGGAUAACAUGACCGACACGGACUUGUCCGACAUUUUGAUGGAUGAGCUUGAGCAGAAGGUAAAAGAGGCUGCCGAAAUUUCUAUGGGUACGGAAAUUUCCGAAGAAGACAUCACCAACAUUCAAAGUCUUUGCGAUGAGAUCAUCUCGAUCAAUGAGUAUCGUUCACAUUUGAGCGACUAUCUGAAGGCGCGCAUGAUGGCAAUGGCUCCUAAUUUGACCGUGCUGGUCGGUGAAACGGUUGGCGCUCGAUUAAUCGCUCACUCCGGUUCUUUGGUCAAUUUGGCGAAGCAUCCCGCUUCAACGCUUCAGAUUUUGGGUUCGGAAAAAGCACUGUUCCGUGCACUGAAAACGAAGAAAGACACACCGAAGUACGGUCUUAUCUAUCACGCCGCCAUGGUCGGUUCGGCUAGCAUCAAAAACAAGGGACGUAUUUCGCGAUCGCUAGCUGCAAAGGCCUCGUUGGCCACACGUGUCGACGCGUUCGGUGACGAUGUAACGAUGCAGCUGGGUAUCGAUCAUCGUGCGAAGCUAGAAACCAGAUUGCGCAUGCUGGAGCAAGGCAACAGUACGAGACUGUCCGGUGUUAAGGCGAAGGCUAAGCUACAGAAAUUCCACGCCGUCAGCGAGGUGAAAACGUUCAAGGUCGCUACGGAUAGCACGUUACCGUCAACCAGCUCCAAGAAAAUAAAGGCAGAAGAGGAAGCCGCAAGUGCACCUUCGCCGAAAAAGAAGAAGGUACAGCAGGAGGAAGCUGCUGUAGAGGAAGAGGAGGCCAAAGAGCCCGAGGAGCCGGAGGUUGGAGAAGAGUCCACCAAGAAGAAGAAGAAGAAGAAAAACAAGGACAAGAGUAUAUCGGAACAACCUGCCGAUGAGAGUGUAAUGGAUGAAAGUAUGGAGGCACCGCCAUCGGGAAAGAAGAGUAAAAAGUCAAAAUCAAAGAAGGCAACCGAAGAAGAUGAAUAAAAAGGUAAUUCAUUUGCA